UGCAUGCACCUCUCCCUGUGCUGCCGGGCGGCUUCUGGCUUUCAAGUAUGUUUGCUCGAAACUGGGAAAGUCGCCCAGUCUUCGCCUGUGGGUUGAACUACACCUGGGGGACACCAGGCUGGGAUAUUUCAACGACACCAAUGCGGUAAAAGAAAACCAGAGACAACCUCGACGGCGGUAGACGCCGGUUUAGUGUGUUUUUGUUUUGUUUUGAGGUCUUUUUAAAUUCAUUUUUCAGUGAGUUCACAGGGAUCUCUUUGUUUUAGCUAGCGACACGUUAGCUGCUUCCGGAAUACAACCUUCACACAGAAAAUCAAUAUGAAGACACGGAGAUAACAUUGUCGACUCUGGAUCAUAGUUUCCCUUCAGAGUUUGAAUGGAUUUUUGCUUUGAAUAUGCAGACAUAGACUUAUGACCAGACGCAGACAGUUUUUAAGGAGAUAAGAGGACACAGAUCAUUUCCAGAGAAAGUUUGGACUGAACUUAUUCAGCCAAUGGCUACAACAGAAGUAAAAGUUGCCGGCAGCAGUAGCACUGCCGGUCUGUCGUGGGCGCGCGUGUGCAAGGAGUGUGGCCAGCAGCACGAAGGCUUGGACUGCCACCUGUAUGAGUACCAGGAUGAGGUGGACGAUGAACUGGUUUGCCACAUCUGCCUGCAGCCCCUCCUCAGACCUAUGGACACCCCUUGUGGACACACAUAUUGCUUUCAUUGUCUGAGCAACUUCUUAAAAGAGCAGGACUUCUGCCCCGUGGACCGCCAGCGACUGCAGUUACAUCAAUGCCGUCCCUCCAGUCUGCUGGUCAGAAACCUGCUGGACAAGCUGACCGUGAUGUGCCCCCACUCUACAGAGUGUCAGCAGCAGAUGCAGCGCUGUGAACUGCAGCCUCACCUGCACAACAGAUGUCCUGUUUUUAGAAGACUGAGGGAGGAAGCAGAGAAGCGGAAGAGGCCCUCGUGGAAUGAGCUAAAGGGACGUAAGGGUGACGGGGAGUCGUCUGGUGACGCUAAACACUCAACUACACUGUCCCAAAAUCCCACCAGAGAUCAGUCUGAGCCUGGGCUGAUUAAUCCUGCCUAUGAAGAAAGUGAGGAAGAACACCAACGGUCCAGUCUGGUGGCCGAGGCCAACGUGGUGGAGCUGUUCAGAGAGGAGCCAGAGGAGGAGCUGGGCCUUCGCAUCGUGGGGGGCAAAGACACACCGCUGGGGAACAUAGUCAUCCAGGAGAUUAUCCGGGACUCUCUGGCAGCUCGUGAUGGCAGACUGGCCCCAGGGGACCACAUCUUAGAGGUGAAUGAUGUCAGCCUGGCUUCAGUCCCCCACGCCCGGGCCAUCGCAGUGCUGCGGCUGCCUUCCCUCCUCAGGCUCACUGUUAUGCAGGAGAAAGGUUUCAAAUCAAGGGAUCCGCGGUCUGAUUAUCACCCUUCCUCCUGCCCCACUUCCACUGCCUCCCAGCCCUCUCACAGUCCCCAUGGCAACGCUGUCUCCAAUCACAAGGAGGUCCUGCAGGUGCCGCUCGUGAAGAGUCAGCGCACCGAACCGCUCGGCAUUAAACUCAUCCGCAAGUCGGAUGAGAGCGGGGUUUUCAUCCUGGACCUGCUGUCUGGUGGUUUGGCAGCCAAAGAUGGAAAACUGAGGAACAAUGACAAAGUGUUGGCCAUCAACGGACAUGACCUGAGGCACGGGACACCUGAGAGCGCUGCCCAGAUCAUACAGGCGAGCGAGGUGCGCGUGAACUUUGUGGUGAUGAGACCAGCGGAGGCCCAGGAGGAAGGAGGAAGCAGCCGAGAGGGACAGCACAGCCGAGCAGCCAGGAGGGCGCCUGAGCCGCAGUACUUCAGGCGCCGGUCCACCUACAUAAAGGAUCCUCCAGGUGGGUUUUCCAGCCAGGAGAAGACUGUGAGCAUGAAGAAGGAGCCUCGGCUUUCCCUGGGCAUCACCAUCGCCGGGGGACGAGACUGUCGGAGCCGGCUACCUGUUUACAUCACUAGUGUGCAGCCAGUCGGCUGUCUUCACCGAGAUGGCACCAUCCAAAGAGGCGACGUUCUGCUGAGCAUCAACGGUGUCGAUCUGACACAGCUGACCUACAAUGAGGCCGUUUCUGUGCUAAAGACUCAGACUGCUCAGUCCCAGGUGGCGCUCCGUGUCAUCCAGACCCUCUCCGAGGACUCAGUCGAGGACACAGAGGCUGCCAACAAGGACGAACUGGACACGGUGGACGACCCGCGAGACGACGCCCUCAACUGGACGCCGCUGUGGACUCGCUGGCUGGGAUUACCAAGUCCCAUGCACUGGUGCCGGGACAUCGUCCUGCAGAAGACCAACAACGAGAGCUGGGGCUUCAGUAUCGUCGGCGGCUACGAGGAGAGUCACGGCCAGCAGCCUUUCUUCAUCAAAACCAUUGUGCCUGGUACACCCGCUCACUUUGAUGGACGCCUCAAGUGCGGUGAUGAGAUUGUGGCGGUGAACGGAGCCACGACGGUGGGAAUGAACAACUCUUCUCUCAUCCCCAUGCUCAAGCUGCAGAAGAAUAAAGUCACUCUGACUGUGGUGUCCUGGCCUGGGAGUCUCGUGUAGCGAAACACACCUGCACAUUCACGCUCUUUUCUUUCUGUCAUCAUCUUUAAUUGUUUUAAAGCACACACGCAGAUCCUCGCCCUGUUCUGCUGCAUUUUUGACUCACUGUCCCUUCCACAUGUAACUCGUAGUUAGGUUACAUUGUUGUUCAGUGUUUUGAUCCCUUACGUAACACUUAACAUGUGUGCUUAAGAACCAGCUGUCUACAAUGGUAAGGACUUUCCCGAGCACGCAUUGAGCAGGCGCCUGUUUGUUUCAGUGUCCUCUCACUCAAAGAGCAGAUGAUUGGCCAAAAUGGGUUUAGGGUGCAAAAAUGAUGACAAUCAGUGAAUUACAUCCUAAGGACAAACUGGAAGGAUGUUUGUGAUCCUUUACUGAAUACUUUUAUUUAUAUUUAUGUUUUGCUUUCCUGUUAAAUAAUGUUAUCACUUGGUAGUCAUGACUUCAUCCAAAGAUGAAAUGUAGUGCUUACAAUAUAUGUAGACCGUCGUGAUGAAGAAUAAUAGUUGACUACAUAUAACAAGAUGGCUGCUGACUGUAAAGACUCAUGCCAAAGACAGAACAAUCAUCCUGUCCUGUAGCUUUUGUAUCACUGGUGGGAUUUUAUCAACUUUACUACAUUGCACUUCCAAAACGUGCAGCAGGAUGAUGAAACUGAUGGAAAUUCAAGUAAAUUCAGUCAGUCAAAGUGAUGUCGUGGAUGAAAUAAACAGCUGCAGCUAGAAAAAGAAACCUUGGUUUUAACAGGGAGGUUGUUGAGAAGCCAAAGAAAAGACCUUCAGUCAUUUUUUUAUUUGACACUUUAAAGAGGCUUAAAGAGCCAGAAUAUACAGUGUGUGUGUGUGU